UCCCCCCCCCCCCCCCAUUGCAUGCCACGCCCGGCAUCAACACUCCCUACCUUCGCCCUGGCUUCAUCGUAACGUCUCGCCUCCUAGCACACUCACCCUAUACAUUCGCUCACCAUGUCGUCGCCCGAGUCUCCGCGAGGGAAUGCUCCUCCCCAUAUCCGUCUUAAUUCAGGAUCCCAAAACGUCUUCGAGGUCCAGCACGAGCGACCCAGCACAUCGCGGCAACCCUCGUCCCGCUCGUUAACAAGCCAGCUACGCCCAGGCACUGCUCCCGGUGUACGGUCACAACCAUCUCAGAAUUCGCUUUACCGGCAGCCCCCUCAAGUCGCCGAAUCGGCAGAACUCCUAUUGCCGCCAAAGAAGACGAAGACACGGCACUUCAGAGAUGAAUCGCCACUUCGAUCCCCGUCUGCAAUGUCCUCGCGGCGGACGAGUUGGAGUUCGGAGUCGGCAGGGAGUCGUGAUUCGCGGUUUGGCCCGUUCGCAUCUCCAUUCGACGAUUCGAGAGCGCCUUCGCGAGCAGGGAGCGAGGAAGAUUUAAACACGCAGACUGUGUCUGAGAAAUUUAAUAUCCUUCCUGGCGCUGGUUUGUUACUGUUUCCCGAAGAUGUGGAGAAGGACGACUGGCUACACAAUCCAGAUCCGAACGAGAAAGAGAAGAGGGACUGCGAUAUCUUCACGAAGCGAGGUAUAGUGAACGUGGGAGGUCUGGCGCUCCUCACGAUAGGCAUCCUGGUGUUGUUUAUUGGUUAUCCUAUACUCACUUUCGUCCACAAACUCACGACGCCCAACGUCACACCUUGCACAGCCAAUCCACUCUGCAUAGAAGGAAAGGAGAACGAGCCGCUUCUGCAGAACGUUCGCAAAGGUCUCAUCGAUCCUGAUACGCCUAGGAACGCGUUGACAAGGAAGUCGCACGAUGGAACCACUCAGAACCUAGUGUUCUCCGACGAAUUCAACAAAGACGGCCGAACAUUCUACGACGGUGAUGACCCUUACUUCCAGGCGGUUGACAUUUGGUAUGGUGCGACCCAGGACUUAGAGUGGUACGAUCCCGAUGCGGUAACUACCAAAGAUGGUACUCUUAACAUCCGUUUCGAUGCAUUCAAGAAUCACGGUCUCAAUUACCGGUCUGGCAUGCUUCAGUCAUGGAACAAAUUGUGUUACAAAGGCGGACAUCUAGAGGCCAGUAUUUCCUUGCCUGGGCGCGGCGACACGAUCGGUUUCUGGCCUGGUUUUUGGUCUAUGGGGAACCUUGGCCGACCAGGAUAUACCGCAACGAGCGAAGGCCUAUGGCCUUACAGCUACCAUAACGAAUGCGACAUUGGCAUUACUCCGAAUCAAAGCUCGCUAGACGGCCUUAGCUACCUACCGGGGAUGAGACUCCCCGCCUGCACUUGUAAAAACGAAGAUCACCCAAGCCCAGGAAAAUCUCGAAGCGCUCCCGAAAUCGAUGCCCUCGAAGGAUCUGUUACGUUUCUGGGCCCAGGGAAUCAGAACGGUAUUGGGCAGGUCUCUCAGAGUUUCCAAUCAGCUCCGUUUGAUCUCUGGUACCAACCAAAUUAUGACUUCAUCGAGAUCUACGAUCACUCCAUCACUGGCAUGAACUCUUACCAGGGUGGACCAUUCCAGCAGGCUAUUUCUGGACUAACCAACUUAAACAACGAUUGGUACGAUGGCAAAGCAUACCAAAAGUAUGCGUUCGAGUACAAAACUGGAGAUAAUGGCUGGAUCACCUGGCAUGUGGGAGACGCAGAGACCUGGACCAUGGAUGCCCGCACCGUUGCUGAUAACGGAAACGUUGGCAAACGAGUGAUCCCUGAAGAACCCUUGUCAUUGAUUGCCAACUUUGGCAUGUCGAACAGUUUCGCCGCCAUCAAUCUUACUGGUAUUGCCUCAACAUUGCCUGCAACAAUGCGCAUUGACUACAUCCGCAUCUAUCAGGACGAAGGCAACGAGAUGGUAACCUGCGAUCCUCCUGGGUAUCCCACGACGGAUUACAUUAGGAAACAUCCGGAACCCUACAACAACCCUAACAUGACGUCAUGGGCUCACAGCAAAUAUAGUUGGCCGAAGAAUUCCUUCAUGGACGACUGCAAAUCGUAGCACCGCCCAUGUCCCAACUCUACGCUUGAAUUCCAACUACCUUACCCCAUCCACCCAUUCCGCGUUUCCUAUGUCUACCUAAUGUGGCCACGGUCAACGACGAUAGCAAAUGGAAUACCACAAAAGCACAAUAG